AUGUCACACAAUCCAUUUCCUCAUCCGUGCCAUGGUGCCUGCCUCGGCUUGGCAGAAAGCUGUGCACCGUCCCCAUUGAUAAUUCUCAAUGCCGAGGAAAGCUUGUUUAAUUUCGCGCACGGGGCCGGUGGUUGGGCUGCUGCGAAUCGUUUGGCGCAGGCGACAGAAGCGCAAGUUCAAUACUCUGUCUGCUCGGGCUCGGGGCACUUAGCUUCCUUGGAGGUCUUGCUCCAGCGCCACGGGUCCUACCUGAAUGGGGCGGAGCAAAAGAAGGCCGAGGGCAGGUCAAACAAGAUCUUGACGGUGAGAACUGCGACCUUUCAGGCACAGCAUAUUAUGACGACCACCCAGCACGGAUGCCUUUCCGGGCGUGUUGGGACGGAGAUCGCCAGCGCUCAGCACUCAGUACUUCGGGGGAGCUCCACCCCUGCACAAGGAGCCCACCAAGUGCGCUUUGCCCAAGACGUGGUCGAUCCCCCCACCGGAGACAAACCCGCGAAGCCUCCCAGAAAAGCCACAGCCACGACGACAGCCGGGGACGGCACGAAGGCCAAAACACAGACCAAACAACCACCGCCACAACCGCCACGCAACUACAGUGCAUUUGUGGACACUCGCGACCUGCGAGGGACACGGGGAAAGGGGGUCCCCCCGCCCCCUCCAACACCGCCAGUGCCACCGGCAGACCCCUUCGCACAAGUUCGUGAUGGCCGCGACAUUGGUGGGAAAAAGAAGAAAACAACCACUACCACCAGUACCCCACCUCCCACAACUUACCCAUACGUAACUUCCACCACAAGCAGCACCAGCCUACACACAAGCAACCCCAGCACCACGCAUACCACCACAGGCACUAGCAUGCAGGGGGAGGAUGACACAGAGGACACCAUCUUCAUGCAACACAACCUCGCUGAAGCUUUCCGGCGCGGACAGAUCCCAACUCCACAAGCACCACCACCACCCACAGACGGGACCGCCGCAGUCGACCCACCCGAGACGAUCCAAGACAGCUCGGAAGCAGGCCACCCGAACCAACCGAACACAGACCCCCCGCCAGGAUCCUCCAACCAGCCGCCGAUGAGCACCACCGACCGCAUUGAACACUACCUCACGCGGAUCCACACACUAGCACAACAACUCCCCGGGGGGACCAUGGUAAGCCAUUUGGACCUCCUUGUCGACAGUCAAACUGAGGCUGAAGUACUCCGGCACCUGGAGCUGGAAACCAUGCCCCCGCCCAACCACACGGGGGAACCCGACCCCAAGAGAGCCCGCACAGACAAAGCACAAUCACCCACUGCAGCAGCCCUACAGAGAAUCCGGGGGAAAGCAAUGCAGCGACUAGCUUCAGCCGAAAAUCAUAACUACAUCACGUACUACGACAUCCAGCAUGACCUGCCCCGGCUCGACGUCGCUUUUUCGGUGACCAGGCGUUCUGUAGCAUCUCCUCCCGGCCGAGCCAUGUCGUACUCGCCGGCUGACAUCGAGGCGGCCUUCGUGGUGAUCCUCGCGGCGUUGGAGGAAGGGGAGGACUUGGCUCCCUUCCUCCGACAGUGCCCGCCUGGCGCCCGGCGUGCCUUGAUGCUGAUGCUGCAGGCGUCGUUGCCGGCGACCCGGGCAGCUACGACUUCUGACCCGGCGCCGCCUAAAGGCGGCUCAGCCGGCAGAUGGAUCUGGUGGCGGCGGAGCUUCUGGUUCGAAUGCCGGCGGGGCGUCGAGCUCGGCCGGGCCGGCGCAAGUACGCCGGCGCAGGCGCAGCCGGCGCCGUGGCCGCUUCCUCCGGUUCGGAAGCAGCCACCGCCAGUGCCGGCGGACCAGGAUGCAGGGCAGCAGCAGGCGAAGUCGGCGGGGAUCCCGGCCAAGCCCAAGCCCAAGGGGCCGCCGGUCGCCCUUUGGGAGUCCUCUGGCUGUUUGUCGGAGGCGGACGCCCGGCGAGCCGCGAAUUCUAUCACGCCAUGGCCGCGGCUCGGGCCGCCUGCCAAGCAGCCCUCCUUUCCACCGGCGAAGCCGGCCCCGGUGGCGAAGACGCCGGCGCCCAACUCGGCAGAGAUGGCGGCGCUGCAGCUCCGCAUUGCUGAUGAGAUCGCGGCGGGGACCCCGGCGCCACAGGCCUCGGCCAGCGCGGCCGCGCCGGCGCCAAUCCCGGAGGGGUUCAUCCACAUGUUGAUCCGCGGCGAAUCCUUCACCGUCAACCGGACCACUGGUGAGGGUUUCCCGGCGCUGCCGAGGCGCCCUGUCAGAUCGGCGACGGAUGCAGAGCGGCGCCGGAACGAUGACGAAUACCGGCGCCUGGUGGACGUCCGGUUCCGGCUCUGCUCCGUCGAGUGGCAGGAGCACAUCCGGCGCAUCAACCAGCCCGGCGCCACCUCGGAUGUGCCAGUGCCGGCGGCUAUGCAGGCGUCCAUGGUCUCCUCCGUCGAGGUCCUCGAGCAGAUCGAGGACCGGAUGAGACUCGCCGGCGGUGCUCAGACUGCUGUGGUGCCCACGGCGCCCGGCGCGGCAGACUAUAUUGUCCGCUCGCUGGCGCCGAACUUUCGCGGCGGUCGAGUACCUGAGCGGCUGGACGGCGAGGUAUGGUGCGUCGGCUGGUGUGGCCGGCCAUGCCCCGGCUUUGAAGGGCGCUGUCGCGGCGGUGGCGGCAGAUGCCUCAGGCCAGUCUUGAUCCGGCGGGGUGGCGCGGAGGAUCUGGAGGCGCACAACAACCACUUGUGUGACACCUGCCGGCGCUUCCGCAACACGCGCGAUGGCCGUCGGGAGAUGUCGGGAGGCCUCACAGCCUGGCGCGAAAAGUGGGGCCGGAUGUCGGCGGUUGACCUCUCGGCCGGCGGGUUCGCGCAGGUGGCGCGGGCCUUCGUCGACAUCCAGGCUCAAGAGUUCCUGCCUCUCCUGCCGGCGGAGGUGCUCCUCCGGUUAUGGGCCUGGCGCCCGGCACCGGCGACUCCAGGCCAGGAAUCCUUGCCCAGGCAGGCGGUAAGCCAGUUGGCUCAGCUGCCUGGCGGGCCCGGCGCGGCACCGGCGGUCCCGGAGGCCCCACUAUAUACCCUUCUUCUCGGCGCAGAAGAAGUGCUGGCGCGCAUGUACUUCGAGCAUACCAAGUCGAAGGAGUACACGGCGGUCGGCUUGGGAGAGAUCCUGCAGCGGCGCACCUUCACGGCGGCCAUGGAGGUGAACCCGCUGGCGGUUCGGCUAAUUGACGGCGCCUUGCUACACGACCGGGACGACCCCUGGUACACGAAGGGGAUUCUCGGCGUGCUCGAUGGGAUCGAGGCGGUCCGCUGGCCAUGGACCCUCACCGGCGUGGCCACGGAGAAGGGGGCGGCGGAGUGUGCCCAGUGGUGGUCGUCCCGGGCCCCGCAGCGCCCCUCCCACCUGAAAGCGAUCACGGAGUACUGGGACGCAUCCUCCCGGCGCCUGGCCAUGCAGAUGCGCCUCGGCGGAGAUCAUGAAGGACCACUGGACAUCCUCUCCCGGCCGGCGGCACGGUGUCUCCGCGGCGCCAGCCGGACCAGAGGCGGCGCAGAAACCCUCGCGGCGACGAGGGCCGGUGGUGGAGCAGCCCUGGCGCUCCCGCACGGAUGCCCGGCGGUGGGCGAAUGGAGAUCGCGCCCAGCAGUGAAGCAGUGGCGCGAGGGACAGCACGGGGCCCCGCCUGGGGCGUGGGGGUGGGGUACCCGACCGGAGCUCGGCAGAGCCGGUGGUGGUGCUGAAGCCGGCCGUUAUGUGGGCAUUUUGGAGGACCUCUUUGGCACACCGACGGCGGCCCUGGCAUGGGAGACAGACCGGACCUGCCGGCGCCUGGACCCGCCCGGCAAGUGCGUGGUCCUGAUGAUAGCGGCGCCGCCGGCAAGAUUUUUCUUUCAAAUCGGCGCAGAAACAGGCCACAGCGGCGCCCGAGGCAGCCUUUUCUUGCGCUCGGCGGAGUUUGUCCUGGAGCUUCGCGCGGCGCUACGCGGCUGGCGGGUCGGCUUCAUGUUUGAAAACGUGGUGAUGCAGCCGGCGUCGGCCAAGGAGGUUUCCGACUGCCUCGGCGUGGAACCGGUCUUGGUUUGCGCCUCCGACUUCGGUUGGAUUUCGCGGCCGAGGCUCUGGUGGCUCUCGGCGGACCAUCCGCAGUGCACUGAGGACCCGGCCACCGGCGCAUCCCGGGCGGCGGCAAGCUCGCUGCUCGUCAAGGGCAUGGCCUUUCAUCCGGCGGUCGCGUCCAGCCGGCUGCUCUUGCCCUGUGCCACCCGCCCGGCGCCUAAGAGGGAGGGAAGCCGGCGAUGCUGCGACGAGGCCGGGCGGCUCCACAACAUCCCGGCCGGCGUCAAGGAGACCCUCCAUGAGAUACCGGCGUCAGUGCCGGCAGGCCCCAGGACUGCGGCCCAGUUCGGCGGCGGCGCCCUGGACAUGAGCCCACCGCCUCGCCUGGCGUCGCGGCUCGACCUCUUGGAGGAUGACCCUGACGAGCGCUGGCGGCAGGCGCUCCGGCUGAGCCACUGCACGGUCACGCGGCGGCUUCAACUGGAGCCGGCGGUCGAGACAUGGAGCUCACCGCCACCUUGGCGCCACGAUGUGGUGCGUAUCCGCGGCGAGGUGCUGGAAGAGAUCAAGGGUACCCCGACAUCGACGGGAUCACGGCGGACCUCGCCCAUGGGUUCUAUGCUGAGGCAUCCGAAGGUAGACUGCGACGCGAAGCUGAGCCUACCCGCCAGCUUCUGCGCCGCGUGUGGCUGGAGGGUGUUCGUCUCCAGCGCCGCCUCGAUGGCCCGGAGAAUCUUGGCCACCCUCGACGGGGUAGGCCGCAGGGAGACGCCGGUCGCUUCGAUCGUCAUCUCCACCCCCUGGACUACGUGUCGGGACGCCGGCUGCGCCAUCCUCGCGAGGACCGCCGGCGACCUGGAGUUCGCCAUCCACGGGGCGGCGACGGAGCUGCAGCAGCGUGGGGGUGGGGAGCGCCGGGCGGGUGUGCAGAUGGAGCCCCAGAACCGUGAACACUGGCUGCUUCUCGUGGAUGUAGUUGCCUAUCUGGCAGCAGUGGAACGCGGGGAACCUGUGUACCACCCCGCUGAUGUCAUAGCCUUGAGUCGGGGGAUGCUGACCAACCACCUUGCUCGUGAACGACGCGAAAGACGGGCACGGGGAAUUAUCCUUGAAUUGCGGGCCCUCCGCGAGCAACUUACAGGAUGGCCGGGGGCGGACCUUAACAGUGUCCAUGGAGCCCUCCUUGAGACUUUCGAAGCGGUGGAGGCGGCACUAUACAACCCCAAGUACGAGUACCACCGGGGGAACAUGCCGGAAACGAUCAUGCUGAAGAUCCGGGGCACGACCAGGUUCUUCCUCUUCAAAACCUGGGGAAUGCGCCUGGCCCGUCCUCAAGCGGGGGGCCAUGGUGGACACACGAACGUCACCAUUAACUCGGAAAUGUGGCGGACAACCGACGCCACAGCCCGACGGAGGAGUACGGUAGUGAUGGAGACAGCCCAGCCGAACACCGACGUCGUCGUCUCCAUGGUGCCUACUAUGACAGAAACGGGCCCAUCUGAAAGCCUGUGGGCCGUGAGAGAUACGGCACAGCUGAUGAAUGGUGUGGGUGGAAGUGCUGCUACUUUGGGUAGUUUGCCUCAGCCUACGGGAACCAAUGCUGUUUAUGGAGCAGGGACUUCUGUGGUGGCACCAGUGCAGGCGCCACGUGAGCUUCCAUUGGAAAGUGGAUCGGUGGGUGCGCGGCGAAACGUUUACGAGUGGAGCACCGCUAUUUCCUCAGUUCUUUCCUUCCCCUCUGCCGGGGCAAUCACCUGUGGCCACUCGUGCUGCUUCGACUACAAGGGCAGCAACGUGGUUGUCAAAGAUCGGCGUCUCAAGGGCAAUGGCCUCUUCAAGAUGGUUCUGUGGCUGCAGUUCGUCCGCAGGUCAGCUGGGAUUUCUCCAGAACUGGUGCAGGCGGAAGUGGCAAAGCAGGUGGAAGCUGCAAUGGGCGAUCUUCACGACCAACUUCGGCGAGAACGGCAGCGCACGGACGAUGCCAUGCGUGAAGCACGGCUCCUGAAACAGCAACUGGAGAAUCAUGAGAUGAGGGUGGCAUUGGAGCCGAGACAGGCUGCGGCCCUUCAGCUACCUCCGCCUCCUGGUUUGCAUGAUCGCAAUGCACAGAGCCUCGGAGUUUCAGGAGUUACCACGAAUCAUCCUCCACUGGUCCCUUGUGAGCUAGAUGAUCAGCAGCCGUUGCCAGCUGCCUUGGAUCUACCUGGUCUUCAGCAUCAAGAUGCUCGUGUUCAUGGCGGAAUAGACUUCGGAUUGUUCAGUCGUGGCGGUCAAGAGAAAGAUGAACCGCCGAGGGCCAAUCCCGCAGCUACUUCCUACAUGCCGAUGACGGGGGCUACACAAGGUCCGGCAGUGACUCCAUCUGCUACGCCUGAGAACAAUCUGCUGGCAACCAUGGCUCGCGGGAUUGUGGCCUUGUUGAGUCAGCAGCAAGCAGCGAAGGGCGACCGCCCAGAGACGGUGAAGCCGGGGAUCAGCGAGCUGCCCGCCUUGCCGGAGUACGAACCGGACCUUUCAGACACUAGCUAUGCCUGGUGGCAUGCAACGAUGAAGGCGGCACUGAGUUGGUAUGCAGGCUACAGUACAGCCGCGCCUCUUGAGCGCCUUCAACUGAGGCCGCAACCGUCUUUGGAGCCCGCCAAGCCGGAAUGGAGCCGUGUGGAACUGCGUGCGACCGCCAUGCUUUUGACGGCGGUACCCAAGUCGGUUCGAGAGGAGAUCAUCGCCUACGGCCAGGUGUCGUCCUUGAACCUCCUUUGUAAGCUCUAUGCUACGUACCAGCCGGGGAACCUGCAAGAGAAGGGGCUUGAGAAAGUGGAGCCUGUGGAGAAAAAGGGCGACUACGAUUGGAACGGCGGAACCAGUGGAUGUGAGUCCAAGCGCUACUACGGUGACAACCUUCUUGCACCACCUUCAGGCGGAGAUGGAGCAGCAAGCGAGGCUUGGAGCCUCCCAACCUUCGGCUUCGAGCACUCCCGGUUUGCGUGCUAUAUCGACUUCGGAGUCUACUCCGUCGGGGACCCCUUCGGCAACGACAGCUCAGCCCCAGGGUACCAGGCCGUCGAAUGGUUUGUGCCGCUUCUUUCAGGGCGACAAAGGGAAGUGUUUGGCAUGCGGUUCUACGGCUCACAAAAAGUCAAGGACUGCAAGUCCCCGGGAGGAGGGCAAUCGCCGACGAGGUCGACGCGCACUCCUGGGACUGGCAAUGCGGAUGGGAGCACAUCAUCGCCUACGGCGUCUUCCCAGGACGCCCCGCCGCGGAAGGUGAACUUCGAGGGCGAUGGAGCUGUUCAUGCUAAGGUGCUGCAGGUUCUUCAGGAUGUCAAGGACCUCCCUUUGUUCAAGUCGGUGAUGGAAAGGGUUCAUCGUUGGACCUCUUCAGGUGGACUUCCAUCGCCGCGGUCAAGAUUGGCGCUGCUGGACUCCGGGGCCACCCAUGUGUUGAGGGGCCUGCGUACUGGGUUUGAGUGGGAUCAAGGCAAGGAUGUACAUGUGCAGCUGGCCGGUGACUCUUACACGUCUAUGAAGCAGACCGAGACCGGGUCUCUGUUGACUGCGGACCAGCUUGCCCAGGUCAUCGUGCCGCUGGGAAAAGUUAUAUCUACGUUGGGCUACUCGUUGAUCUGGUCCAAGGAUGCAUGCCAGCUUGAGGGCGCCGAUGGCGAGAUCAUUCCGUUGGCCACGGUCAAAGUGCUGACGGCGGCGAAAACAAGUUGGUGGUCCUGUUUGAUGGAGUAUGCGGUGACUGGGAAUGUGACCGCGGGCCAGACUGCGAUUGACAAGUCUACGUUCAUGAACUACAAGGAGGUGAUGAAAGAAUGCUUGGUGGUGGCCCCCUCGAGGAGGAGGCCGUGGGAUCUGAUGAAGCAGUUGGAUCUCAAUCGGCGCUGUCGGAAGCGCCUCUACAAUUCCGCCUCCUGGGUUGUUCGCUGGGACGCUCCGUCUGUGGAACGGAGAAAGGACCCUAUGAAGCACAUGUGCCAGUCAGGGGACUCUAUCUACGUGAAUGUCAACACCUUGCUGAUUGGCGCAGAGUUUGAAGAUGUUUGGAAGGUGUUGAUAUGGGCCGCCACCAGCGGCAAGAUCAGCACUGUUGUUGCGGCGGAUUGUUCCAGUAAGCCAAUGGACCAGAUUGUCGCGGCCCCGCACCGGAGCAAGGUUCACUUCCUUCAUGCAGCUGCUUCCGCAGGCAGGACUGUUCGAGGCCAAGGUGUUGUUCCUCUCUUUGUCGAGGACCUAGAUAAGGCGUCCCGUCAAGAUCAGGAGGAUGAUCCUCCAACAUGGCCGGCGUGGACACGAUGUGUGGACACCUUGGAGUACAUGUCUGAAAUGGGAUUGUUUGAUAUCUCGAUUUCCCAGUUCACAGGGGAGCGCUACGUGAAGUUGGCAAAGCUUGAUGGUGACGCGGCAUGUGUUGACGUGGUGGGACCGCUGAAGGGCUAUGGAAAGUCUCCGGAUGGGAAGUAUUUCAAGUACUUUGUCAUCGGUGCCUUCAGGAUCCCGCAAGUUGAAGGUGCACAUGGCCAUCCUGAGGUGCGAGGGCACCCCAUUCCCUCGGAUGAUGACUUCGAGGAUGAUGAGGACCAGCUUUCCGAGGAGGAGGAGGCUGAUGAGGGUCCAGUUGAACCGAUCGCCACCAGCACCCUCUACUUUGCGGUUCCGGUGAACAACAAGAAGGCGGCCUCCAUGCUCCCUGCGGUCCAGAAGAUUGUCAUGGAUGUUAAGGCUUUGGGCUACCCCGUGACCAGAUUGCAUUCAGACCGAGGCGGUGAGUUUCGUGGACACUUGGUUCGUCGGUGGGCUUUAUCCCAGGGUAUGUGGCCUACCACCACAUCGGGCUCAGAGUCGGCGUCCAAUGGUGUAGCGGAAGCUGGGGUGCGUUAUUUGAAAAGGCGCGCCCGCAUCCUCCUCGAUAGUGGCAAGGUCUCAAGGGAGAACUCGCCCACGGCGGUCCAGUAUGCAGCGGCUCAACGAAGGAGCGAUCAGCUUGGGGGUUUGUCGCCCCUUCCAGUGGCCUACGGGACCAAGGUCUACGUGAAGACCAAGAAGUACAAGACCGGAGCAGUCGAGGACUUUGGACACCAUUGGGUACAAGGAAAGUAUGUGGGUCCGUCAACGGACAUCAGGGGUGGACAUGUCAUCUUGAAGCAAACUGGAACCUUCGUCCAGACCACCCACGUCAGGAUCACCCAGGACCCUCCGUCACUGGAUGAAGUUGCACCGAUUGUGUUGGUUGAAGACUCGGUGUCCUCAGCAAGAGAAGCUCCGGCGAAUGACGCCGAGGCGAUCCUGAAGUAUUUGAGGGUCGAAGAGAUUCAGUAUGUGGAGGCUGUGGCGGAGCAGCUGUUCAAAGAGGAAAGGUAUGAGGCCGAGGACGUUGAGCGCAUCAUGGGCCUGUUUGCUGGGACUUGUGGAAAUCUAAAGGUUCCUCGAGCACCAGGCGGCCAAGGCUUGAUUUUGGGAGCCUUUGUUCAUGGAGGCUCGUUUGGAGUCACUCGCUAUGGGCGGGACCUUCCAUGGGUGACAAGAUACCUCAACCCUACCUGGACGACAAUUGCAGUUCAAUGUGCUGACCGCAUUCCCCGCCACCGUGAUGUUCACAAUGAGAGGCCAGCAGUGUUUGAUCCGUUGGUCCCCCAUGCCUAUGUGAAGGACGAUGACAAGAGGUGGUUCAUCUCUGCCUACACCCCACAAGGUGCAUCAAAGUUGAAGGCCAGCGACAAGGAGUACCUUGAACUUUUGAGUUUUCCUCUGUCAGAGGAGGAGGAGGAGGAGGAGGAGGAGGAGGAGGAGGAGGGGGAGGAGGACGAGGAGGAGCGCCAGCAGACCAAUGGGGCACUGGAAACCAGACCGGUGCUAAAGAUUACAUCCUUGCCUCCGGGGACGUUGAGUGGAGCUCAUGUUCAGUUGGAUGAUGUGGAUGCAGUUACCAUUGGGGAUUGUGAUGAGACCCUCUGGGAUUGGGCCAUGUACGUUGAGGAUGAAUUUUCAGUUGGCGAAGAAGAUGAAGUUCGAGAAUGCGCUCCUGGUCUUCGCAAGGUUUGUGGUUCUGAUGACCCAGGAUGUGAAAUUCCUAUGUUGAUUAGGAGGUCAGAUGUAUUGGUUGAGGAGGAGGGAGUGCUGAACACCCAGGACGACUUUGUGGGCAGCUUACGUGGCAGCUUGGAGUACUGGAAUCACUUGGGUGUUCUUCAGGAUGUUCCUCAAGUUGCGAAGCUCGAGCCUGAGUACACGGAUGGUGUGGAGAACAUCAUUGGCGAGGCGGUCCGCGCCCGAACCCCCCUUCGUCAUACCUACAACGUGAGCCCCAAGGAGGCUCGAAGCACCAUUGAAAAAUGGCGCCCUGCGAUCAGCAAGGAAGUUGGUGUCGUUGAGAAGGGGUUCAAGCGGAUUCACGUGAAGGAGGCUCGAAGCACCAUUGAAAAAUGGCGCCCUGCGAUCAGCAAGGAAGUUGGUGUCGUUGAGAAGGGGUUCAAGCGGAUUCACGUGAAGGACAUUGAAGCACUCAAAUCCGAGUUUGAGGUGCAAGAACUACCUUCAAAGCUGGUUUACACGGUGAAGCCACCUUCGUCAUCUACUACCAUUGAUUCAGAGGAUGAAUCGUCCUUUUGCCGGCGCAAAGCCCGCAUAGUGUGUUGCGGCAACUUCGCCGACGGCGAUGCUGGCGACAUCUUCGCCGGUGGUGCUGCAGCAGAAAGUUUUCGAUGCGCCCUUACCUACACCACCAAAAGGCGGUGGAUUCCGGGCAUCGUCGACGUCACUGGUGCCUUCAUGUUGACCCCGCUGCCAGGUGGAAGGGGAGCUGUGCGAUAUAUCAUACGCCCACCAGCUGCAUUGGUGCAGCUUGGACUCGCUGAGGAGUCCGAAAGAUGGCUGUUGACGCAUGGCAUGUACGGUCUACGUCAAUCCCCUCGAUUAUGGCAAGAGUUCAGAGAUUCCGAGCUCAAGCAGAUGAAAUUUGAUCAUGAAGGUCGCACUUGGGCCCUGAAGCAGGGUCAAGCCGAGCCGAACCUUUGGUUGGUCUAUGAAGUGGGAGCCCCUGCUGACCAGGAGUCUGGAGGGCUACUUUUGGUCUACGUCGAUGAUAUCAUGUUGGCGGGCCCCCUAUCACUGGUGAAAGAUAUGGCUUCAACAAUUGGGAAGGUUUGGAAGGUUUCGGAGCUGGAUGUGCUGUCGGCUGAUCAUGAUAUAAGGUUCUUGGGAUGCGAGAUUGCGACGAACGAGAACAUGGACUGCAUCUACGUGCACCAGCGGCCGUACAUCAAUGAGAUCCUUCGUCACCAUGAGGUACCUCCUCAAGCGGUCUCCUACAUCCAGGCCCCUCGCGAGUUGGUGACCUUCGAGGCGUUUGAGGGUGAGGAGCGGGGCACGGAUCAGGAGGUCAAGGUGGCGCAAAGAUCAAGGCCGGAUGUGGCCUAUGUUGUGAGUGCCAUGGGCUCUCUGCUGAGCCGAGCGGCCCCACGAUGCAUUGCGAUAGGAGUGCGCCUCCUGUCGUACCUACAACAGAGUCGUGACCGGCACUGA